GGAUCCUCGGUAGUGGAUGGGCAGUCACAGAAGGAUAGGGAAACGAUAGCAGAAAUAUCAGCCGUUGAUGAAUCUGACUCCGUAAUAGAUCAGCAAAAUGAUGUCAACACCAAGUCAAUGGAAGAGGUACCUGAGAUGAUUGUAGAGCAAUCGGUAUCAGAUAAGGUAAUAGAUGAUUUUAUUCUCGAAGAAUCUGUUAAUGUAUCUGACUCAGUUAUAGCUAAGCCCCCGCCUAUUCACGAAGUUCAUAGUCAGUUAAAUUUAUCAGAGAUACGAGAUCCAGGGCUGUGCAAUCAGAAUGGUGAUUCCCGGGAGAAGAAUUUGGAUUCAGAGCCAUUCAUAACCGAUAUCUCUGGUAUCAAUUCUCAGGAUUCUGUCAUUCCCUUGAACGAAAAAGAUGGACAAGAUGUUUAUUUUGCCAGUCUAUCAUCUGAAUCAUGUGUUGCUUCGCCCGACUUUGAAUAUAGUAAGGACGGGAAAGUUCCCUAUAAACAAAAAGUAGAAAAAGGUUUAGUAUGUGAAUUACUUGAAUUCAUUAGAAGCCAUGAAUCCUUACCGAAUUCUACUGCAUCUAGUAAACAAAUUCCAAAUUCGCCUGCUUCACAAAGUGAUCAGCUCAUUCCACUCCAGAAGAAGUUACCAAAAUGGAAGCGUGAUAAGGUUAUUGAUUUAGUGAUAAAUCGAUUCAAAAGAACUACCUCAUGCCUAGACCUUCAUGCCAGUAUAGAUAGGGAAUGUCUUAACCAAGUAGAUUGCUACCUCAUCCAUGAUAUGCAAAUCUGCCCUAUAUGCAAAAAAGAUCAUUGCUAUCUGGAAGGCCACUGGUUGAUCGAUAGCGAAGGUAGUAAAAAAUAUUAUUUGAUUUGCGAUAAUAUCCAAGAACCCGGAAUCCCACUUAAUGAGGUGUUAACAUUAUAUUCUGAAAAAACAAGUCCAGAUAACUGGAAUCAUCUUUUGAAAGUUCCGAAUAGAGAAGUAACAGUGAAAGCGUAG